CCCGCACACGUCGAAGCCUAAACUGACCGCUAGAGACGCUUCCUGGACAUCCUACUCGUUCGCUAGAUGGGGGCACAGCACAUGGUCAUGGCCAUGGCCAUGACUGUGACGGCAAUGCCACGAAUAUUAUGGCCGUGCGGGCCUCGAGCAGUCGCUCCUCCUUGCUCGAUCGCUGACUGACAUCUGGAGGCUGGAGACGACUUACCUAGACUUGAGCAGGACUCACCUAUUGACUUUAUUCUUUUGACGCGUUAGAAUUUGUAUUUCGAGUAGUCAGCAUGCUUCUUCCGCUCAUCCUCGUCUCGCACAGUGCUCUCCAGGCGUUUGCCUUCUCGAUACCACCUCUGCCCCAUGUCGACCGCUUUCUGGGCGCCGACCAUGCACAGGGACUUCAGCAACCGCUGCAAGACACAUUAGACGCGUGGAUAGCGAGGGAAGAGCACAUAGCCCUCGACAAGCUCCUGGCAAAUGUCGCGCCGGGUGGGCGAAACGUCCGAGGCAAGGGCGUGGCAGAUGGCACAGUGAUCGCGAGUCCGAGCCAGCAAGGGCCGGAUUAUUGGUUCCAGUGGGUCCGAGAUGCUGCCAUCACAAUGAACACUCUCGUGGACAUCUACGCCGACGACACCUCAUCGUCCCUUGCAUCAAACCUCUCCCUCGUGCUUGACGCGUAUUCUUCCCUCCAGCGCAACAUUCAACACACAUCCAAUCCCUCCGGUACCUUCUCCGACCUCUCCGGCCUCGGUGAGCCCAAGUUCCACGUCGACGGCACGCCCUUUACGGGCUCGUGGGGGAGGCCGCAACGCGAUGGGCCUGCACUGCGCGCCCUGACGCUCAUGCAUUACCUGCGCGAGUACAACACUUCUCAUCCCGAGAUGUGGAGCUCCGAAGAAGUUACGGAUUUCUUCGGGCCCUUUUAUGAGGCGAGCAUGCCGCCGAACAGUGUGAUCAAGGCGGAUUUGGAGUACGUGAGCCAUUUCUGGAACCAGUCGAGCUUUGAUCUCUGGGAGGAGAUUGAAGGACUGCAUUUCUUCACGCUUAUGGUCAGCGCGAGAAGUUUGAGGGAGGGGAGUGCGCUGGCGAAGGUGUUUGGCGACGAUGGGGCAGCUGAGUGGUAUGCUGAGCAGGCUGGUCACAUCGAGGAUUUGUUGAGCAGAUUUUGGGAUGCCGAGAAGAAGCAUUUGGUCGAAACCCUCGACCACUCACGGACAGGUCUCGACUGCGGCCUACUCCUUGGAUCUCUCCACGCACUCCCCCCCUCAGAUUCCCUAGAUGACGCAGUAUACCCGCCCUGGUCCGACGAGAUGCUCGUCUCCCUCCUCGCCCUGACCCGCGACCAAAGAAACCGCUUCCCCAUAAACAGCAGCCCCUCCGAAGACAACGACGACACCGAAGUGCAAGACUCAGCAUUCGAAGGCGUAGGCAUAGGCCGCUACCCCGAGGACGUAUACGACGGGUACGGCACCUCCAACCGCGGCGGCAACCCCUGGUUCCUCUGCACCUCCAGCGCCGCAGAGAUCCUCUACCGCACCGCUUCCCACCUCUCCUCCACCUCCAGCCUCACCAUCUCCCGCACCUCCCUCCCCUUCUACGAGGCCCUGCUCGCCACCUCAAGCUUGGACGUAAACACAGGCGUCUACGGGCCCAGCGACGCCCUUUUCCACUCCGUCUUCGAACGCCUCCAAGCCACAGGCGAUGAGUUCCUCGACGUCGUCCGCGCGCAUGUCGACGCUGAUGGCGCGAUGAGCGAGCAGUUCGAUCGCGUGACGGGAUUCAUGCGCGGCGCGGGCGAUCUGACGUGGAGUUAUGGCGCGUUCUUGAAGGCCGUGGGGGCAAGGAAGGAAGCGAAGUUGCUGUGACUGUAUACCCGUGCGGCGAGACUGAGGGACGAAUUAUGAGUUAUGAAUCAUGAAUGGAGUAUGGGGUUUAUUUGGCAGAUUGUGUCGGGUUGGUAGAUGGGAUGGGGAUGUGAUUGAUACCCUCGUUAUGUGGAUGUUAUUCUUACUUGUUACCUUUUCAUGAAGUGUUGUUUUAUAUACAAUUCAUCUUUUUCCUAGCCGAAUAGCAGAGUUGUUGGUGCUAUAUGACGUCUACCCUUCGCUGUGAUGGAGGUUUUUCAAACGAAUGGUGCGAGAACACUGGGGGGCUCCGAAAUACCCAGAGCUUGACAACGACAUAAGGAAAACACGUGAAACUUAUACGCUUUGAGGAUCAUUGGUAUAC